AUGGGCGACACCUGUGCUUCGUUAGACUUCUCAUCCUCUAAACGUGGCCCUGUUUCACCUAAUAAAGCUUUUGUACAUCCAUUCUAUUACGCUAAUUUAUCGACUCUGAGUCGUCGAUUCGCCAUUAUUAUUCUGCAUGAAAAGAAUAUGGCUCUUCUGAAAAGUCUUUUUCCAAAAGGCUCACUGAGACGACAUAAUGAUAAAGCGUCUUCCUUAGCAAAUGGUGAACCGGCGAGUGUUAUUCAGGCAAUCGAAGAUGAUCAGCAGAUUAACGAGUUCUGAUUGAGGUUUGGUGGUUUAUUUGCAAACAACGUUCUAGCGAGCGAUCGACAAAUGCAUUAUAAGUUUUUAUCGUUUGGCGAAUUGAAUUUCGUUUACUUUUGUCUGAAAAAUGGUGUGGUGAUGAUGCAUGAAAAAAUGUCGCAAGAAGUUAUGCAGCAGUGCAGUGCGAUUGCGUUGUGUCUCUUCUUGAUGCAUAAAUCGAGUGAAGAAAACGGAUGGGAUGGGGAUGAUACAGUGCGAAUGUGUCUCUCGCAUCGUGUCUGUCGACAAUCCAAGCACACACCGUUCCAUCAACGAAACUAG